AUGCUACUCGCCUUGAUUGUUCGUGGGCCGUGGCUCCCACAGUCUGCAGAUGCUACACUUCCAAGUUCUGGCUUGAGUUGGCUGACUUAUCACAGCGCCCGGCCAACACCUGUACAACAAGGGCCUGGAAUCGAUGAACCCAGAAAGACAACCUUGCGGCAGGCGACUGGUGUACUAUUACAGCGUCGGGUGGCAGCAAAACCCAGCUGUGACAGCCUGAAGCCAAGAAUCAAGGGUCGGAAGACUGGGGGCCUUGGGAGCCGGCCGUAG